AUGGCUGUUGGUUCCCUUGCCCAGGUUGACGAAAAAUAUGUCGAUGAUUGGGGCGAUCUUACUCUCACAGGGGACAUACUCCGUGAUCCAAUUAAACUUUUCAAACGUGAAGAUAUUUUGAGCGGUCGGUGGAACUUGGAAGAGGUCCUAUACGACACCGGUGUAGGCAGCGUCGCCCAGACGGCUCCUGAGGAACUUGUCAGUCACACAGUCACAAACAACACCGAUGUUGCCGAAAAGCCACACGUCGAUCUAUCCAAAACUGUCUCCGAGACGAGUUCCUUUACCUUUACGACUGGAAUUACCAUCGAGGCGGGGUUAGCUUUUCAGGCUGGUAUACCGUUUGUAGCUGAAGGAAAGAUUGAAACAAAAGCCUCGGCCAAAUAUGAAUUUACCUGGGGCCAUUCAAAAACUUUUUCUACCACCAUUGGUCACCAAGUUCCUGUUGAAACCCCCGCCCACUCUAAAGUCCGGGCGACCUCCUAUGUCAAAAGCUCGAAGCUUGACGUCCCAUGUAAGAUGAAAUGGAGAUCCCAGUUAGACAACACAGUUAUUGCUCAUUCCAACUUGGUAUACCAUGGCGUCAGUUACUGGGACUUUUCUGUUGAAUAUGAUGAAGAGAAAUUACCACAUUAG